AUGUCUUUGUUUCUUGACUGUGAAGACUAUACCUACGGCAGUGGCUGCGUGCACCAGUGUAGUGAAAAGUGCUCGCGGGAUGUCCCUUGUGACAAACGAGAUGGAAGUUGUCUGGGUGGUUGUACCUCUGGCUAUCCGGGACAGUUCUGUGAUCAACAAUGUCCAAACAACACUUACGGUCUCCGCUGCUCCAACACCUGUAGCCCCACGUGUGUACUCAGAACCACCAGCAGCAGCGCCAGUGACACACCCAGGCGAUGUCAUCAUGAGACUGGUACAUGUCUCGACGGCUGCGUGGAAGGUUACGGGGGAGUGACGUGCUCCGAGCGUGUCAGUGAUGGCUUUCCCGUAGGUGUUAUCAUUGGACUGGUCAUAGUCAUUGUUCUGCUGAUUGGCGCUUUGGUUAUUGUUCUGGUCAUCUGCAGGUAA